AUGCGAGCCCUGAUAACGCAAUGCUGUCUUCUCUUACUGAUCGCGCAAGCGCAUUCGGCUCAUUGGAAUCACCAUUCGGAUGGAGUUAGACCAUACGAGGAAACACAUCCCGAAGAGGUCUGGCCCCAAUCGGAGGACUUUGACGAACAGCCGUUCGACAAUCCAUUUGACGACGCGGAAAACCAAUCGGAUUUGGAAGAUGACACGAUUUAUUCCCAGNGGGAAAAAGUGGAUAAAGCGAUCCAAAUGGGAUUUUGGACCGGUGGCAACAUGAUGCCCCCCCAACCAGAGCCGGAAAUGUUGAUCGUGUUCAAUACGGAACGUUACGGGAAUUGGUCGGAUUGGAGUGAGUGCAUCUCGAAAGACUGUAUCGAAGUCCGACAUCGAAAAUGUUUGGACGAUUCGUGGAAAACUCCCAGUCCCAGCCGUAUACACACAACUCGAUGUCUGAGUAAAUACUACGCGGAGAAACGCACAUGCCGAAAUGAGACUCAGUGUAGUUCUUACAUUGGCGCACAGUUGGUGGAGAAUCUCACAGAAACAUGUGGCAUAAAACCGGCAAGAUCUAACGUGGUGAUGAAAAUCACGGGAGGUAAAGAGGCCAAACCUCAUUCAUGGCCGUGGGUGGUAAGUCCGUUUGGUAAUUGUGAUGACUUUAACCGGAAGCAACAUCAAUGUGGGCUAUUUUAUUUUCGUUCCUGUUUUUAUUUAAUCGUACUUCGGAUGAUUCAGGUGAUUUUUCACUGA